AUGAAAGAUACUCCUUACUAUUACGCUAUAUUCGUCGAGCGAUAUGUUUUCCUGCAUCUCGAUCCUCAAAGAUCCGGGAAAGUAUCUAUACAGAGUCAGGAGAAUGCAGAGCAGACAUGGGACUUAUCGCAGUUGUCUUGGUGCUCUGUGAACAAUUUUUGGAGGAUUCUUGAACAAUUCCGACACUGUGAUAGGGAUUGCGGAGCCUUCACACCACUGUUUCUGGAGCGAGUGUUCGCCACUCAAAUGCUCUAUGGUGAUGAUCCUAAAGCAAUGGAGAUGGACUUCCGAGGAUUUGUCGAAUUAGACGCAGCCGUCAAUACGAGAAAGGAAACAGCUGCUAUCAGAUGGCUUUUUCGAGUUCUUGAUCUCAAAGAUGACGGAUUCCUGGAUCGCGAUGAAAUCAGAAUGAUGGUAGGACUGAACUAUGCUAUCACCCUUUGAAA